AUGGGUUUUAAAAUAAGAGAGACUUCUACCAGUGUUAAGAGGAGAAAAAAUAAAGAAAAAAAGUUUUUUGAGAAGCUAAAUGGCAAUUAGGUAAAUUCAAUAUUGCAAAGUUAAAAUAAUUUACCUGAAAAAAACAUUGAGUCUGUAGUAUAAUCUGAUUAGAAAUAGUUAAAAUUCUAAGAAAAUGUAGAAAAAGCAAAAGAAAAAAAUGUUUAAUAGGACCAAGAAGAUAUAAAUAUUUUAGUUAACAGUCACACUCUGAUUGGAUCUAUAUCUUAUGAAGAGAAACAGGAUAGUUUGACAUAAAAAUAAAGUCUAACUAUUCAGUCUAUUGAGUUAUCAAAUAAACCUAUUGAGUAACAAGUCCUAGAAUACUAUUAAGACAAAAUUGACAAGUUAGAUGUCAGAUAAACAUUAAAAUCUUAUUUGAGAAGAACUUUAGACACCAUUAUUCUUUCAAAUGAAAAUGAUAAAAUAUUUUUACUAGAAAUUAGAAAGUAGCUUAAACAAUCUUAGAGAAUAGCAAAAAAGUAGGAAUAUUCAGAUUUCUUAAAAUUAGUGGACAAUUUAUAUCUUCUCGCAGUAGAUAAAUGCAUUACAUAAAUAUUUUAAGGAGCUGCAGCUACAAGAGGUUUUUCAGAUUCAAGUAGUAGCAGUUUAGAUAAUUAGUAAAUUUAUGAAUCUAGCACCUUAUCACCUAACACUAAUGACUAAUUAGGAGAACAUAACCCUAAUCCUGGUUCACUUAUUGAUAAUAUACUAAGACUACACAAUAAUAAUAGCUCAGACAUAAUUAGAAUUUUAUAAAGGAAUGCGCUUUAAAGAUUAGCUCAAGCAUAUAGAAGAGUAACUGGUAAUAGCUAUAACAAUUUAUCAAGAUAACAGUCUAUAAUUAAUAGAAGCCCUUUAUAUUCUAAUAGAUAGAAUUAAUAGUACCAACAAUAGUAGGGAAUAAAUAACUAUGAAAGUAAUAGUAGUAUAGAAAGUAAUAGCAGAAGAACUAAUAUAGGUUCUUGGUCUAACUAUGAAGAUAAUGGUUUAGGAUCGUCAUUUUUUACUAGUACUUUAAGAUCUCAUAUUGAUAAUGAAAGUUAAACAACUAAUGCGAGCAGCAGUAGCCGCAACAAUAACAACAACUUUAAUUCAAUACUUUAUAAUAAUUUAGAAGGAUAAGAACUUGAUGAUGAUACAGUAAUAACAACAAAUAGCUCAUAGAAUGAAAACUCUUAAAGAAGGUUAACUACAAGCUAAAGUAAUUCCAAUUUACUCAUGAUUGGAAGUGGUAGAUAUUUUGGUUUUAGAUCUAUUUCAAGUUAAGUUGCAGCAAAUUAAGGAGAUACUUCAAUACAAACUUCUUCAGAGACUGGUUCUAAUUUUUCUAGUUGA